AUGGAACUCUCUUCUGAAUUCCAUUCCACGCUUCUUGAUGUGAAGCAACUAGCCGCGUACCCGAAUCUCGAGGCACUCAUGUCCAUGGUGAACGAGGGAUUCCACAUUCGCCAUCGCGAAUUGUUCGCAACGGACCAAAGGGGAAGAUUUGAGAAUGUAGAAGAAUUAGUCGACAGCUUAGACGCUGUGGGAAGAUGUUGCAUCAUCACACAAUCACAGCCAGAUAAGGACCCGAGGGUAGUUGCUUGUAGCAUGAUAAAGGCAUAUCACGAAGGAGAUCCAGUAUCGACACCACCACUGAAGAACGGAGAUGGCCAAGAAGUUUCCUCUCCCAAUGGGACAAAUGGGACGACAAGCAAACUACACGAUCAGCAGGCGACACUUGCCGCCCAGCGAGUCAAAACUGAGGACUCUGAGAUCGAUAUCAGAUCCAUAACGGACUGGGAACUCGCAGUCGUGGUUGUCCGCCAAGAUCCCCAACUAAGCAAACUCGGUUUCGCUGUUCGAUGUGUGUCGCUCCUGGAACAAGAUUUGAUGGAGCGGCUGGAACAGGCCGAAAAAGAAGAUGCUAAGGGUGCAAUCGCACAAGGGCGACAACAACCGUUGACAUUCUGGGUAAAGGCAACAAAGGCAAUAAAUGGGCCGUAUUGGGAGAGGAGAGGGUAUAAGACUGUUCGCACAAAGACAUUUCCCAAGGGGUUCUGGGGGGCAUACAGAGAUUUCGAGUUUGCUUGGAUGAAGAAGUGUAUUCUACCUCGGGCGAUUUCUAGUUCAUCAUGUGGAUUGGAGUAA